AUCGAUAUCCACAUCAAGAAUGUCGACGGACGCACCCCUCUCCACAUCGCCGCGCUAAACAAUCAAGUCGGCGCCGUAAAACUGCUUCUGGAAUGGGACCACAAAGUGCUCACCACGCGUGACAACAAAAACCGCACCGCAUACUUGCUCGCCGCCCAAAAAGGCCAUGUCAAAGUGCUUCAAGUGCUCAAGAACAAGGGCCAAGAUAUGAACCAGGCGACGCUCAAAAACGGGUGGACAGCGCUCCAUCUUGCAGCCGAACAGGGCCACGUCGACACCGUCAAGUUCUUGUUGGAAAACGGUGUC